UUUUAACAUACUAAUGUGAAAAUAAAAAGUAACUCAUGGUGUCGCUGUUGGCUGGCAGAUAACAGACUCUCACCACUCCACCCACUACUAUAUAGAUGUGAGCUGCAGAUUUUCCAGAGAAACUGUUACAUUUCCAAACAUAUUGUGUCGUGUUGAUUGCCGUGAAGUGUUGGAUUAUUUAGUGAUUUUGGCCAGUUUUUAAUUUUUUCGCACUGGAAAGUAGAAGUGGUUCAAGCUGAGGACGCCUUUAGUGUCAGGAUGGGAGACAAAGGAUUUUCAUCGCUUCGUCUGAUCUUCUGCUUUGCUUCCUUUAUUGUAACGCUGCACCUCGUUAAUGGAGACCUGAGUUAUUCUAUUCCAGAGGAGAUGAAACGCGACUCUGUUAUUGGAAAUCUAGCCAAAGAUCUCGGUCUUGAUGUGAGGACCUUAUCUUCCCGAAAGGCCCGUGUUGAUUUUGAGGGGACUCGUAAACGGUACUGUGAUAUUAAUCUGAGGACUGGAGAUUUGGUCACAUCGGAGAGAAUGGACAGAGAAAGCCUUUGUGGCAAGAAACCCUCGUGUGUUGUGAAAGUAGAUCUAGUGUUAGAAAAUCCUCUGGAGCUUCAUCGACUAGUUAUUCAUAUUCAAGAUGUAAACGAUAACUCGCCAAAAUUCAAAAAACAAUUGACCGAAAUGGAAAUAAGUGAGUCAGCUGAAAAGGGUAACCGCUUCUCUAUCGAGGAGGCCCAUGACGCAGAUAUAGGUCAAAAUGGUGUUCAAAGGUACAGCCUACAAAAGAACGACAACUUUAUUCUCGCUGUUGACAGCAACAAGGUUGAACUCGUACUAGAUAACAAACUGGAUCGAGAGAAGCAAAGUGAGAUUAAUUUGCUUCUCACGGCUUUAGAUGGAGGCUCCCCUCAGAGAUCAGGUACUGUAGUCAUACACGUCACUGUACUGGAUGCUAAUGAUAACGCCCCAGUGUUUAGCCAGGCCGUUUAUAAAGCCAGUCUGCCUGAGAACUCUCCUGUAGAUACUGUAGUGGUCACAGUGAAUGCUACUGACGCAGAUGAAGGAGUGCAUGGAGAUGUGUUUUACGAUUUAAGCCAUGUGUCUGAUGACGAUGCAAAUGUAUUUUCUAUUGAUCCUAAAACAGGAGAAAUUAGAGUAACUGGAGUGAUUGACUUCGAAGAAAGGAGUUCUUUUGAAAUGAGAGUGGAAGCUAAAGAUGGUUUAGGGCUAAUAUCAUAUGCCAAAGUAAUAAUAGAGGCUACUGAUAUGAAUGAUAAUGCUCCAGUUAUAUAUCUGAAAUCCCUGACUAACCCCAUACCUGAGAACGUGUCACCUGGUACAGAGGUGGGCAUCAUUAACGUGCAGGACAGAGACUCUGAGAAUAACAGACAGGUCCGCUGCUCCAUUCAGCAAAACGUCCCUUUUAAGUUGGUCCCUUCUAUUAAAAACUAUUAUUCUCUGGUGACCACAAGACAACUGGACCGUGAACUAGUGUCUGAUUACAACAUUACAAUCACUGCCACUGACGAGGGCUCUCCACCUCUGUCCUCCUCUAAAACUGUUCAGUUAUCUGUAGCUGACAUCAACGACAACCCACCUGUGUUUGAGGAACAGUCGUACAGCGCAUAUGUGACUGAAAAUAACAAACCUGGCUCCACUUUAUGUUCCGUUACUGCUCGAGACCCCGACUGGAGACAAAACGGUACAGUGAUUUAUUCUCUGUUACCCGGUGAGGUGAAAGGUGCCCCGGUGUCCUCCUAUCUGUCUGUUAACGGAGACAUGGGGGUGAUCCACGCUGUGAGAUCGUUUGAUUAUGAACAGUUCAGGAGUUUUAAAGUCCACGUGAUGGCCAGAGACAACGGUUCUCCUCCGCUCAGCAGCAACGUGACCGUCAGUGUCUUCAUAUCGGAUGUGAAUGACAACUCUCCUCAGAUACUGUACCCCGCCCUGGAGGGACACUCCUUCAUGACCGAGCUGGUCCCCAAAGCUGCACACGGAGGCUCUCUGGUGUCCAAAGUGAUAGCGGUGGACGCGGACUCCGGACAGAACGCCUGGCUGUCCUAUCAUAUAGUCAAAUCCACUGAUCCGGGACUUUUCACUAUUGGUCUCCACAGCGGAGAGAUCAGGACACAGCGGGACAUUUCUGAGUCAGACAGCAUGAAACAGAACCUUAUUGUGUCAGUGAAAGAUAACGGACAGCCCUCUCUCUCCGCCACCUGUUCCAUGUAUUUACUUAUUUCUGAUAACUUGGCUGAGGUGCCGGAACUGAAGGAUAUUUCUUACGAUGAGAAGAACUCCAAACUGACCUCUUAUCUGAUCAUCGCGCUGGUGUCUGUGUCCACCUUUUUUCUGACCUUCAUCAUCAUCAUCCUGGGUGUGAGGUUUUGUCGCAGGAGAAAGCCCAGACUGUUGUUUGAUGGAGCAGUUGCCAUCCCCAGCGCUUAUCUCCCUCCUAAUUACGCAGAUGUUGACGGCACAGGAACUUUACGCAGCACUUACAAUUAUGACGCCUACCUGACAACAGGUUCUAGAACCAGUGACUUUAAGUUCGUGACGUCAUACAAUGACAACACACUGCCUGCUGACCAGACUCUGAGGAAAAGUCCAUCAGACUUUGUUGAUGUGUUUGGUCCGCCAGAUGAGUCUCCAGAGGUAGGCCUCAUACUAUUUUGUUGUAUCUAACAUUUAAAGUUGAUUGUGAGCUUCAAUUGGUGUCG